AUGGACUUCGAUGAUGGCGGCAGUGACAGUCAGGAAGGGCGUGACGACUUUCAGUCCCUGACUACAGACUUGGAGCCCUUUGCUUGCGAUCACCCAUUGCUGAAGUUUGGCCAAGUUGGCUACAAUGGACCUCCUGGCUUCAUGUGGGACUUUGCCUAUGUCUAUGACAACCUUCAUGCUUUGGGCGAAAAGAAGCAGAAGUACAAGAUGUUAAAGGAGCUCCAGGAACAAUGCUGUGAAGGGCAACACUUGUCCAGGGAAGAUUUGCAUGUGAAAAAGGAAAGAAGGCGAGGGUGCUUGGCCGUUGAUGCAGUGAGCACAUUGCUUGUCUUGCACUUUUUGCUCGACUUGCUCAACAAAUCAAGAACUGAUGCCAAAGCGCUGACUAUGAGAAACUAUUUCAAAGAUGUUGGCAUGCUGGUCACCCAGGAAGCAAGUCGCCACAAUGAUGUGCUGAAGUUUUCAGUUGGUGACUUUCCUAUGCAUGUUCUGCCUACAGGGAAGUUGCAAGGCUUUCGUUUGAACUCCGAUGCAAAUCUGCGGAAGAUGAGUCCUCAUGAGAUCUGGCGUGUCAUUGAGCAAAGCAAGGAUACUGGGGUGUCAUACCAAAAGAUUUGUGCUCUGCGAAAAGAUGACCCACAAGGAGGAAUCAGUGAGCAGCUGACGUGGGUUUGGCAGAGAAAAUUGUUGUCAAUGUACAGGCAGUCAUCAAGGCUAAGUUUCUUGAAUGUGAAGAACUUCGCCAUUGUCACGGAUGCCUCAACUCAUAGCAACAAGGACUACCUGAUGAGCCUGGCCUAUGACCCUGUAAAUGGAGUAGGGGCUCACAUGUGCUCAGUUCACGUCAGGUCAACAAAAGUGUUACACCCACAGGAGAUGGAGCUGACACCAGAAGCAGAGCGCUUGGCAGCGAGACGGGAAAUUGAACGGCUUAGCAGCUUGAAGUUCUUGCAAGGCCUUUCGGCCCAGAUAUGCAAGUUGACUGACCUUCGCUUGGAUGAUUUUAAAUUUCCUGAAGUCUUGCUCAAAAUGUUGGAGCUGCAACCAGGCGAUAACUUCUUCUUUGACGACAAUGUCGCAGUGCUGAAUGGAGAGGAGUUUCAAUUAAGUCAAUUACGUCAAUUGUCUGAUUUGCCUUGUUUGCAUUGCAUCAUGGACCAAGGCAAAGUUGGCUGCGCAGCUGCUGCCUUUGUCACUUCCCAAGCUGGCCUCCAAAUCCACUUCACCUUCGACAAGAUUCACCGCCUGUUGAGAGACCUGAAAAACCCAAUCAAAGCAGCUGGCUUGGAAUCUUGUGUUUUGGCAACAACGUAUCUGUUCAGCGUCAACACCAAGCCUUUUGGAAGUGGCCAAUGGUUUACGGAAAAAACUCAGAUCUUGGAAGCAUUCUUUGAAUCCAACAGCUUUGACUGCCAAUGGUUUCAGGCAUUGAAAGAGAGAAUUGCCAAUGAUUUUGGUAUGGAAGGGUGCUCCGACAGGGAGAUCUGGGACUCCAUUCCCGAGCAAUUGGAAUCGUGGAGGCUCAAGGGCGGACUUGCCAAGGCAAGCAGAUGGUUUUCCUGGAACGAAGGAGCUGCUGUCCACUUGAAAGAAUGGCAUAGCUCCCUCAUGCUCCUCUCGUGGUACUUCCCAACAGAUCUUGACACUGAUGGUCAGUCUGGUUUGUUAGGCCUCAAAGGCUGUUUGACACAGAUGUAUUGGGAAGAUGCCCACAUCAUCUUCAGAGUUCAAUAUGGAAUGUGGUCGUGGUACUCGCAGCAGAUCCAUGAUGUCAAAAGCCCAGAGCAUGCAAUCAUUGAAUCUUUGGAAAUGGUCGAGUCAUGGAUGAGUCAUCAAUCUCUCCAGACCCUUGCUGAAUCGUGGAGCGCUCAAACUUGGGCCGAUGUUGAGCGGUUUGUGCCUGACCAGGAGGCCUUCAUUGCCAGAGUGAAUACCUAUGCUCUUGGAUGCUUGAUGAAUCGUUGCGCAACGCUUUCCAAGUUCUCAGCUCCACCUGAGACAUGGGUUGGGCUUCUAGAUCCCCAGCAAGCACAGGUGACAAGAAUGCGGCUCUUGAAGGAGUAUCGUUGGUUUCAAUCCUUGCGGUGCAGCAUGGCUCCUUUUGCAGCAGAGCUUGCCAGUGACAUUGAGACGGUCUUCGAUUUGCCUUGUCGUCAUUUGUGUCAUUUGUGUCAUUUUGACUUUGGAGCAGCGCAAGAGCUGGCCAAGCUGCUGAUUGGUGGCUUUGCGGAUUCAAAAGUGGUUGAGGACAUUCACCAAGCAUGCAGGGUGGCCACGAACCCAGGCAGCAACAAGAAGCUCUCUGGAGCUACGUUGCAGCUUGUUUGCCAAUUCUCUGAGGUUUUGGACAAGAGAGGGAUCGUCCAUCCAGCUGCCCUAACCCGUGAAGAAUUCUUGGACAAGUGGCCUGAUGCCAGAGAUGAUUUCAACUGCCGCCAGGAAUUCAAAUCAUCCAGCCAUAGUCUACCAGCUCGCUACUCAGAGAUUCUGACGAAGAAGAUGUGGCGCACUGUCAGUGAGGAUUGGCUUCGAACCUCAUACGGGGCAUGGCAAUGGAUGAUUCAAUACUGCGGGCAAAGGCUUGCUGACCAAGGUGUUCGCCUGGAGGAUGGUCUUCUGAACCGCCUUGCUUUUCAAGGGCAAGUGAUUGAAGUCAAUUUUGUCUAUCUACUCAUUUUGGGCAAUUUGAAGUGGCAAGCCCUUGCUUGGCCGUUGAAGCUUGUGGACGCUGCUGAUGAUGAUUAUCGCAUGAUGCGAUGGGUUUUGGAUUCGUCGUCAAGUUGUCAAUGGCUGCAAUGCUCUCUGAACAUGCCAGCUUUUCAAACAAAGCUAGUCUGGAGCAAUGAGUUUGGCAUCCACUGGCAACAGGUUGGGCCUCCUGAAACAUUUGCGCAGAAUUGCUUGCGGCGCUCCAAUGGCCUGACAUUCACAGAUCUUUGCUUGAUGGGGAGGCAUCUUUUUGGCUCCGAAAUCAAAGAGAAGUCUAGGAAGGACAUCCUUUUGAAGCUGGCGUUGCAUUUCGGAGAUGACUUUGCAGAGCUGGUCUUGGAGUGCGACUCUAAGACGACAAAGAAGUCAUCAUCUGAUCCAGAUCAAGCAGCUUUGGUAAAAGCUGUGUUUGACCACUUGGACGCGGAUGAGCAGAAGGAGUUUCGCUCUGUCAAGGAGAAUGUCUACAGGGAGGAGAAAACUCAGAAGCAAUUGAAGUGGCGCAAAUUGCUCAACGAAAAAAUGGAGGAGCAAGCAGAAGCAAGCGAUGCUGUGAAGAUGGAAGACGAAGAGGAUUUGGAGGAAGAAGUGAAGCAAACGAAACUGAACGUGCUGAAGCAGCAGCUGAACUUGCUGAGGAAGCAGCUCCUCCUGCUGAACUUGCCGAAGAAGCAGCUCCUGCUGCUGAAGUUGCUGAAGGAGCUUCUCCUUCUGAAGUUGCUGAAGGAGCUCCUCCUGCUGAACUUGCUGAAGCAGCAGCUCCUCCUGCUGAACUUGCCGAAGAAGCAGCUCCUGCUGCUGAAGUUGCUGAAGGAGCUUCUCCUGCUGAAGUUGCUGAAGGAGCUCCUCCUGCUGAACUUGCUGAAGCAGCAGCUCCUGCUGCUGAACUUGCUGAAGCAGCAGCUCCUGCUGCUGAACUUGCACCCCCGGCUCAACCGGCUGAGCCAGCUCGGCCAGCGCCUGUGCCUGGCAGAGAUGUCGGGCCUCGAGUGCACUCAACACCUGCCCUCCUCAGAAGCAUUGAGCCCAACAGUUGGUUCAAGUUGCCCAAGUGCAGCUUCAGAAGAUGACGAUCAAGAGAAAUGGCUGGAUGACAAGCUCCAACAGAUUUCUUCGUUAGAUUUCUAUGAUUUCUUGGCCUUCAGCAAAUUCAAUAGGCGUGUCGACUGGCCAGAAGGACUGCAUCAUGUCAAGUCCACAUGUCAAGACUUUCUUGAUUUUGACCAAGAGAAUGGCGGCAGGGCCUCGAAAAUGAUGGUGCUGGUUGCUGAAAGGUUUCUCUUCAAUUUGGCCAAUUUCAAUGAAUUGGAUCAAUUGGAAUUUGUUGAGUUUUGUGCUGGCCGAGCCCAUCUCAGUCGAGAGAUGCUGCGUCAAGGAUUUCACCAAGGAGCUUCUGUGGACAUUCUUUUUCAUCCCCACCAUGACAUGUUGAGUUCCAAGGGGCUGAGGACUUGGUUUGACAUGGUAGUGGCUUCUCGGCGAAAGUCGUUACACUGGUUUGCUACCAGAUGCUCGAGCUUCGUCCCGCUCUGUAUCUCUCAAAGCAUCAGAUAUGAGGAGAAUUCAUUCUACGGGGAUAGAAGCAGGCCAUGGGUGGAGCAGGGCAACCUUCAACAGGAAGUAACUGCAAUGAUGAUGUUCUUCAGUUUCCUCUUGGAUUGCAUUCCGGUGUUGGAGCAACCCACAGGGAGUGUGCUUCCAAAACUACCAUCCCUUCGUAAUGUUUUGUGGUUCUUCGACUUCAAGAAGACAGUGACCUACAUGGGAAGCUUUGCUGGCCCAACAAGCAAGCCUCUCCAGAUCUGGCAUCCGUCUUCAGGGCCUGGCUCCCUAUUUGCAGCCAUCGCCAGGCCAAGGCCAGAUGGCUUGGACAAUUUGGCUUCCAGUGGCCAGAGCUGGGAUGGAAGCCACACUUACACUGGCAAUAAGGAGAUGCUCAUCCAAAGCGAGCACUACACGCCAGAGUUUGGCGCUUGUGUCGCCCAAAUCUACGAGCAGAUUCGAGCUUCGUGA